AGAGAGACCUGUGCCUGAAGUGCACAAUAAACCUGAGCUCACUGGCAUUUCUCUCCAGUUGGCCUGUGAGAAUGAACUGCGCCGCUGCAUCUACAAAGUUUCCCCCCUCUCAGUGAAAACGUCUCAUGGGUGCAGUCAUGGAGUGCCUCAAAAACUGCUGCAGGAACUUUAUGGUGAAAAAGGGGAAGGAUCAGGAGACCCAAGUGAUCAAAAUGAAGAUGCCUCCUAACAAGACAGUGGUCUCAGGACGGGAGUCAGAUGACGGGAGGAGGUGGGUCACAGAAGAUUAUCUUCUGUCCAAGCUGCCCCCAGAUGGCAGAGAGGUGCCAUUUGUCCUGCCGACCUUCAAGGCCUCCUACAUCCAGCCCAGAGGCUCCCGCUACCCCAGUUUACAGUCUGGGCUGCAGAGUUCAGCCCGGAGUACCUAUGCAGAGAGGAAGGCAGAGCUUUUAGGUUCUGGUCAAUUCACCUACAGCCCAGAGUCCAGCUUCCAUCAGAGUCAGAUGGCCGAGUACGUCUCCCCUGGCUCGGCUCGCCGCGACACACUGAAGAACAGAAACUCCAGUCCACUAAGCCCAGGUUGGGUUCUGAAGCCGGGCGGCCAGCAGCACCUGAGCAGCUCCAUGUUUGAUCUGUCCAGCCCUCAGAGUCACAUGCAGCGUUUUGACUCCGUCUCCAGUGUCCUCAGCAGCACGUCCUCAAUGAUGGGCUCCAUUGAAAGCAGCCUGGACUCUGUCACCCUGUCUGGGGAUGAACGUGAACUGGGGAAGGUAUGCGUCCGACUCAGCUACCAGGAGGCUUUGGAGCAGGUGUGGAUCACUUUGGUCCAGUGUUCAGACCUCAACCUUCCUGUGGAUGGAGUGGAACAACAAAAGAUUGGAUUCAAAGGGAUCAUCACCAUGCCCAAACCCAUACAGUUCAAGAGCUCCGUUAAGGAGUACUGUCAGGAUCUGUCCUUCAUGGAGACCUUUGUGUUUGCGCUCCGGCUCCAGCAGUUGCGCUGCAGUGCUUUAGUGCUGCGGCUGCAGACACACAACCCCAAGAAACGUACCGUGGCGGAGUGUGUCCUCUCCCUACGACAGCUCGGUCCACAGGAGACAGAACACUGGCUCGACCUCAAUGCUCCGUCCAAAUCCUCUGUGUGCCACUCUGAGCUGCAUCUCACCACCUGCUUUCAGCCGGUCAACGAGCGCAUCCAGUUCCAGGUCCUUGCCGCCCAAAACCUCCCAGUAUCCUCUUCACCACUCUCCCAAGCGUUUUUUGUCAAGGCGGAGAUGCACCAGCUGGGGCGCAUGGUGAUGAAGAAGAAGACUCGGGUGAUGAAGGCCUCAGGGGGUCAGUGUCAGUGGGCGGAGACUUUUCACCUCCAGCUGGCUUCUUUAGACCACGCCUGCUCGCUGUCCGUCAAACUCUACAGUCGCAGCUCGGUCAGGAGGAAACAGUGUCUCGGACAGGUUCAGCUGGGAUUCGACAGCCCAGUGCCUGAGGCUGUGGACCAAUGGAAGGACACGAUGGCUCACCCAGAGAAAGUGGUGGCAGCGUGGCACCGACUGAGCGCCUCCUAAACCUUCUCCCAGUUUCCUCUUCACGCACUGCGGAAGUAAUGCUUUCGUGCUGCAGGUCCAGCUGUGCCUGCUUGCUUUUCCAGUCGGUCGGCCACAGUCGUGUAUGCUCAUACACAGCUGACGCUGAUGGAGCAGACUGUAAACCACUGAACGUGCUCUGAAUGUCCUGGGAGAGCAGAUUUCCACAGAGCUGCUUCAGGUGGUCAGUCAUCGUUUGUACAUAUGGGGUUUUGAACAAAGUGUGGGUGCUGGAAAAGCUUUUCAUGUGGUUUUUGUGCAAAAAUUGAGGAUUUUUCUUAAACAACAAUAGAGCUUUUGCUUUACUAACAGUAAUUGAGCCGCAUAGCAUUUAGCUGUAUAUAAUGCUCUAUUUUUUAAGUCACAUGCCGCGUGUAUAGAAAUGCUUUUUAGCGAAAAACCUUGUCACUUUCUUUCAGCUGGAUAGAAAGUUUACAAGCAGAGAAAGUGACUAUAAAGCCAGAUGUACUGUAUUAAAAAGUUCAUGUUGUCAGUCUGUAAAUAAAACUCAUCUUAAGGGAUUACGCUGUCAGUUCUAUAAUUUUCUUAUGUCAACAAACCCAUAAAAGACUAAAACCAACACUAUGCUAGUCGAUACUUUUGGCCCUGGCUCUCAGCCUCACCUCAGAAACAGGUUAGAAACAGGUCAUGAAUUUAUAGUUUAAUUUUUAAUAGGUAACGAAAACAGCCGAGGAUUGUUGUCUUUAGCCAAAUAUGAUUUAAACAGGAGUAAACUGGAGACUAUUUUCAGAUUAAAACACAUUGGGUCUGCAGGAUGGUGUUUGACUCAAAAAAAAAAAAAAAAAACUACAC